AUGGUUGAACGAUUCAACUGUCUUAUCAAUCAACUCUUUUCGGUGGAAUCGGCAUUCAACAAAGAGCAAGAUCCGAUUUCAAAUUUACACCUCAUUCUUCCACAUGAACAAGUCAUUUUUGAUCGGUGCUCGUUAAUAACACCGGGAAUUUUCGAUGGAGGAAUCGUCGAUUAUUUAACGCAACAAGUCGGUCUGACUGAUAACGAUGUUAUUUUGAUUCACUCACCGGUAGCGAUUCCAAACGAAGGACGAUCACGUGUCAUUGUCAUCGAUCGAGACAGUGGAAUUGAUGAUCUGUUCAAAUGUGUACAUGAUCAAUGUGUGACAUGCAUUUUAACUGUCCCGUCAAUGACCCUCAAGUGGUGUCAAGUUGAUCUGACGGGUAGCAAUGUACGCUGCUUUGCCUGGUUGAGUGGAGCAGGUGAGUAUCGCGGUCGUCUUUGA